AUGACCAGUCCCAGUCUGACUCUGGACCUGAGGACCAGUCCCAGUCUGACUCUAGACCUGAGGACCAGUCCCAGUCUGACUCUAGACCUGAGGACCAGUCCCAGUCUGACUCUAGACCUGAGGACCAGUCCCAGUCUGACCUGGACUCUAGACCUGAGGACCAGUCUGACCUGGACUCUAGACCUGAGGACCAGUCCCAGUCUGACCUGGACUCUAGACCUGAGGACCAGUCCCAGUCUGACUCUAGACCUGAGGACCAGUCCCAGUCUGACCUGGACUCUAGACCUGAGGACCAGGCCCAGUCUGACUCUAGACCUGAGGACCAGUCCCAGUCUGACCUGGACUCUAGACCUGAGGACCAGUCCCAGUCUGACUCUAGACCUGAGGACCAGUCCCAGUCUGACCUGGACUCUAGACCUGAGGACCAGUCCCAGUCUGACCUGGACUCUAGACCUGAGGACCAGUCCCAGUCUGACCUGGACUCUAGACCUGAGGACCAGUCCCAGUCUGACCUGGACUCUAGACCUGAGGACCAGUCCCAGUCUGACUCUAGACCUGAGGACCAGUCCCAGUCUGACCUGGACGCUAGACCUGAGGACCAGUCCCAGUCUGACCUGGACUCUAGAACUGAGGACCAGUCCCAGUCUGACUCUAGACCGAGGACCAGUCCCAUCCCAGUCUGACUCUAGACCUGAGGACCAGUCCCAGUCUGACCUGGACUCUAGACCUGAGGACCAGUCCCAGUCUGACUCUAGACCUGAGGACCAGUCCCAGUCUGACCUGGACUCUAGACCUGAGGACCAGUCCCAGUCUGACUCUAGACCUGAGGACCAGUCCCAGUCUGACUCUAGACCUGAGGACCAGUCCCAGUCUGACCUGGACUCUAGACCUGAGGACCAGUCCCAGUCUGACCUGGACUCUAGACCUGAGGACCAGUCCCAGUCUGACCUGGACUCUAGACCUGAGGACCAGUCCCAGUCUGACUCUAGACCUGAGGACCAGUCCCAGUCUGACUCUAGCCUGAGGACCAGUCCCAGUCUGACUCUAGACCUGAGGACCAGUCCCAGUCUGACCUGGACUCUAGACCUGAGGACCAGUCCCAGUCUGACUCUAGACCUGAGGACCAGUCCCAGUCUGACUCUAGACCUGAGGACCAGUCCCAGUCUGACUCUAGACCUGAGGACCAGUCCCAGUCUGACUCUAGACCUGAGGACCAGUCCCAGUCUGACUCUAGACCUGAGGACCAGUCCCAGUCUGACUCUAGACCUGAGGACCAGUCCCAGUCUGACUCUAGACCUGAGGACCAGUCCCAGUCUGACCUGGACUCUAGACCUGAGGACCAGUCCCAGUCUGACCUGGACUCUAGACCUGAGGACCAGUCCCAGUCUGACUCUAGACCUGAGGACCAGUCCCAGUCUGACCUGGACUCUAGACCUGAGGACCAGUCCCAGUCUGACUCUAGACCUGAGGACCAGUCCCAGUCUGACCUGGACUCUAGACCUGAGGACCAGUCCCAGUCUGACUCUAGACCUGAGGACCAGUCCCAGUCUGACCUGGACUCUAGACCUGAGGACCAGUCCCAGUCUGACCUGGACUCUAGACCUGAGGACCAGUCCCAGUCUGACCUGGACUCUAGACCUGAGGACCAGUCCCAGUCUGACUCUAGACCUGAGGACCAGUCCCAACCUGAGGACCAGUCCCACGUCUGACCGGACUCUAGACCUGAGGACCAGUCCCAGUCUGACUGACUCUAGACCUGAGGACCAGUCCCAGUCUGACCUGGACUCUAGACCUGAGGACCAGUCCCAGUCUGACUCUAGACCUGAGGACCAGUCCCAGUCUACUGACUCUAGACCUGAGGACCAGUCCCAGUCUGACUCUAGACCUGAGGACCAGUCCCAGUCUGACCUGGACUCUAGACCUGAGGACCAGUCCCAGUCUGACCUGGACUCUAGACCUGAGGACCAGUCCCAGUCUGACCUGGACUCUAGACCUGAGGACCAGUCCCAGUCUGACUCUAGACCUGAGGACCAGUCCCAGUCUGACCUGGACUCUAGACCUGAGGACCAGUCCCAGUCUGACCUGGACUCUAGACCUGAGGACCAGUCCCAGUCUGACCUGGACUCUAGACCUGAGGACCAGUCCCAGUCUGACUCUAGACCUGAGGACCAGUCCCAGUCUGACUCUAGACCUGAGGACCAGUCCCAGUCUGACCUGACUAGACCUGAGGACCAGUCCCAACCUGAGGACCAGUCCCAGUCUGACCUGGACUCUAGACCUGAGGACCAGUCCCAGUCUGACUCUAGACCUGAGGACCAGUCCCAGUCUGACUCUAGACCUGAGGACCAGUCCCAGUCUGACUCUAGACCUGAGGACCAGUCCCAGUCUGACCUGGACUCUAGACCUGAGGACCAGUCCCAGUCUGACCUGGACUCUAGACCUGAGGACCAGUCCCAGUCUGACUCUAGACCUGAGGACCAGUCCCAGUCUGACCUGGACUCUAGACCUGAGGACCAGUCCCAGUCUGACUGGACUCUAGACCUGAGGACCAGUCCCAGUCUGACCUGGACUCUAGACCUGAGGACCAGUCCCAGUCUGACCUGGACUCUAGACCUGAGGACCAGUCCCAGUCUGACUCUAGACCUGAGGACCAGUCCCAGUCUGACCUGGACUCUAGACCUGAGGACCAGUCCCAGUCUGACCUGGACUCUAGACCUGAGAGACCAGUCCCAGUCUGACUCUAGACCUGAGGACCAGUCCCAGUCUGACUCUAGACCUGAGGACCAGUCCCAGUCUGACCUGGACUCUAGACCUGAGGACCAGUCCCAGUCUGACUCUAGACCUGAGGACCAGUCCCAGUCUGACUCUAGACCUGAGGACCAGUCCCAGUCUGACUCUAGACCUGAGGACCAGUCCCAGUCUGACUCUAGACCUGAGGACCAGUCCCAGUCUGACUCUAGACCUGAGGACCAGUCCCAGUCUGACUCUAGACCUGAGGACCAGUCCCAGUCUGACUCUAGACCUGAGGACCAGUCCCAGUCUGACUCUAGACCUGAGGACCAGUCCCAGUCUGACUCUAGACCUGAGGACCAGUCCCAGUCUGACUCUAGACCUGAGGACCAGUCCCAGUCUGACUCUAGACCUGAGGACCAGUCCCAGUCUGACUCUAGACCUGAGGACCAGUCCCAGUCUGACUCUAGACCUGAGGACCAGUCCCAGUCUGACUCUAGACCUGAGGACCAGUCCCAGUCUGACUCUAGACCUGAGGACCAGUCCCAGUCUGACUCUAGACCUGAGGACCAGUCCCAGUCUGACCUGGACUCUAGACCUGAGGACCAGUCCCAGUCUGACUCUAGACCUGAGGACCAGUCCCAGUCUGACCUGGACUCUAGACCUGAGGACCAGUCCCAGUCUGACUCUAGACCUGAGGACCAGUCCCAGUCUGACCUGGACUCUAGACCUGAGGACCAGUCCCAGUCUGACUGGACUCUAGACCUGAGGACCAGUCCCAGUCUGACCUGGACUCUAGACCUGAGGACCAGUCCCAGUCUGACUCUAGACCUGAGGACCAGUCCCAGUCUGACCUGGACUCUAGACCUGAGGACCAGUCCCAGUCUGACCUGGACUCUAGACCUGAGGACCAGUCCCAGUCUGACCUGGACUCUAGACCUGAGGACCAGUCCCAGUCUGACUCUAGACCUGAGGACCAGUCCCAGUCUGACUCUAGACCUGAGGACCAGUCCCAGUCUGACUCUAGACCUGAGGACCAGUCCCAGUCUGACUCUAGACCUGAGGACCAGUCCCAACCUGAGGACCAGUCCCAGUCUGACUCUAGACCUGAGGACCAGUCCCAGUCUGACUCUAGACCUGAGGACCAGUCCCAGUCUGACUCUAGACCUGAGGACCAGUCCCAGUCUGACUCUAGACCUGAGGACCAGUCCCAACCUGAGGACCAGUCCCAGUCUGACUCUAGACCUGAGGACCAGUCCCAGUCUGACUCUAGACCUGAGGACCAGUCCCAGUCUGACUCUAGACCUGAGGACCAGUCCCAGUCUGACUCUAGACCUGAGGACCAGUCCCAGUCUGACCUGGACUCUAGACCUGAGGACCAGUCCCAGUCUGACUCUAGACCUGAGGACCAGUCCCAGUCUGACCUGGACUCUAGACCUGAGGACCAGUCCCAGUCUGACCUGGACUCUAGACCUGAGGACCAGUCCCAGUCUGACCUGGACUCUAGACCUGAGGACCAGUCCCAGUCUGACUCUAGACCUGAGGACCAGUCCCAGUCUGACUCUAGACCUGAGGACCAGUCCCAGUCUGACUCUAGACCUGAGGACCAGUCCCAGUCUGACUCUAGACCUGAGGACCAGUCCCAGUCUGACUCUAGACCUGAGGACCAGCCCCAGUCUGACUCUAGACCUGAGGACCAGUCCCAGUCUGACUCUAGACCUGAGGACCAGUCCCAGUCUGACUCUAGACCUGAGGACCAGCCCCAGUCUGACUCUAGACCUGAGGACCAGCCCCAGUCUGACUUUAGACCUGAGGACCAGCCCCAGUCUGACUCUAGACCUGAGGACCAGUCCCAGUCUGACCUGGACUCUAGACCUGAGGACCAGUCCCAGUCUGACUCUAGACCUGAGGACCAGUCCCAGUCUGACCUGGACUCUAGACCUGAGGACCAGUCCCAGUCUGACCUGGACUCUAGACCUGAGGACCAGUCCCAACCUGAGGACCAGUCCCAGUCUGACCUGGACUCUAGACCUGAGGACCAGUCCCAGUCUGACCUGGACUCUAGACCUGAGGACCAGUCCCAGUCUGACCUGGACUCUAGACCUGAGGACCAGUCCCAGUCUGACCUGGACUCUAGACCUGAGGACCAGUCCCAGUCUGACUCUAGACCUGAGGACCAGUCCCAGUCUGACUCUAGACCUGAGGACCAGUCCCAGUCUGACUCUAGACCUGAGGACCAGUCCCAGUCUGACCUGGACUCUAGACCUGAGGACCAGUCCCAGUCUGACUCUAGACCUGAGGACCAGUCCCAGUCUGACCUGGACCCUAGACCUGAGGACCAGUCCCAGUCUGACCUGGACUCUAGACCUGAGGACCAGUCCCAGUCUGACUCUAGACCUGAGGACCAGUCCCAGUCUGACCUGGACUCUAGACCUGAGGACCAGUCCCAGUCUGACCUGGACUCUAGACCUGAGGACCAAUCCCAGUCUGACUCUAGACCUGAGGACCGGUCCCAGUCUGACUCUAGACCUGAGGACCGGUCCCAGUCUGACCUGGACUCUAGACCUGAGGACCAGUCCCAGUCUGACUCUAGACCUGAGGACCAGUCCCAGUCUGACUCUAGACCUGAGGACCAGUCCCAGUCUGACUCUAGACCUGAGGACCAGUCCCAGUCUGACUCUAGACCUGAGGACCAGCCCCAGUCUGACUCUAGACCUGAGGACCAGUCCCAGUCUGACUCUAGACCUGAGGACCAGUCCCAGUCUGACUCUAGACCUGAGGACCAGUCCCAGUCUGACUCUAGACCUGAGGACCAGUCCCAGUCUGACUCUAGACCUGAGGACCAGCCCCAGUCUGACUCUAGACCUGAGGACCAGUCCCAGUCUGACUCUAGACCUGAGGACCAGUCCCAGUCUGACUCUAGACCUGAGGACCAGCCCCAGUCUGACUCUAGACCUGAGGACCAGUCCCAGUCUGACUCUAGACCUGAGGACCAGUCCCAGUCUGACUCUAGACCUGAGGACCAGUCCCAGUCUGACUCUAGACCUGAGGACCAGUCCCAGUCUGACUCUACACCUGAGGACAAGUCCCAGUUUGACUCUAGACCUGAGGACCAGUCCCAAGACCAGGAAGAAAGUCUCUCUGGGAAUGGUCCACAUCAGGGGGCGCUCUCCUCAGAUCCACCACAGACACAGAGGAACCUUAAGACCCCAGUCCAGCAGGGGGCGCUCUCCUCAGAUCCACCACAGACACAGAGGAACCUUCAGACCUCAGUCCAGCAGGGGGCGCUCUCCUCAGAUCCACCACAGACACAGAGGAACCUUCAGACCUCAGUCCAGCAGGGGGCGCUCUCCUCAGAUCCACCACAGACACAGAGGAACCUUCAGACCUCAGUCCAGCAGGGGGCGCUCUCCUCAGAUCCACCACAGACACAGAGGAACCUUCAGACCACAGUCCAGCAGGGGGCGCUCUCCUCAGAUCCACCACAGACACAGAGGAACCUUCAGACCCCAUCGCGCAGCGCUUGCAGAAGAACGUGACGUCCUCGGUCCGCUGUGCUGUGCACUGCUGGCGGCGUCCUCUCGAUACUGCACCGACCACCGCUCCGUCACUCACAGUCCAUACCCUGCCAUACAAGAACAGUUCAGGAUCUACAAAGUCCAUCUACAGAAUGGGGUUCACCUGUGA